AUGUCUCGCAGCAACGAGCAGACGCCGCUGCUUCAGGAGAGAUGGAACCAGGAAGUAGAGAACCAGAGGGUAGAUCACUUUUUCGCGUGGCAACGCAAAGCUAAUCUUACUCACAUUGGGCAGCUUCUCCGUAUCGAGGACCUUCCCGAUGAAUACAACCCUAGGAAAUGGUCGAGAUGGAAUAAAACGGCCAACGUGGUUGUCAUCGCUGGCAUGUCAAUUCUGAGUCCUCUUGUCAGCAGCAUGUUCACGCCAGGCAUCGCCCAGAUCGCCGAAGACCUCAACACAUCUACGACCGCUGUUAUCGGCACGACCACUGGAUAUGUCGUCAUGUUAGGCAUUGGGCCGCUCCUUCUAGCACCCCUCUCUGAGACCUUCGGCCGCCGCAAUCUCUAUCUUAUAUGCUUUUCGAUCUUCGCACUUCUCCAGAUCCCUACCGGAUUUUCUCCAAAUAUCGGGUUCCUCAUCGCUAUUCGAAGCAUCGCGGGCUUCUUUGGAAGUGUCGGUGUUGCCAAUGGAGGCGGCACAAUAUCAGACAUGUUCAUACCGAGUGAACGCGCAGGCGUUUUUGGCUGGUAUCUGCUAGGUCCACUGCUCGGUCCAACAAUUGGACCCUUACUCGGCGGUGUAGUCGUACAGCGGCUUGGUUGGCGUUGGACCUACUGGAUCAUGGCAAUGGUCUCCUUCGUAAAUACAGCAGCUGGCUACUUCUUGCUGCGUGAGACCUAUGUGCCACGCAUCCUAAGCCAGAAAAAGGACGAGUUAGAGCGCGAUGCUUCGGAUUCUGAAGGCGCGAAGUACUCAUACGAAGGUGAAGACACUCGACCGCUACGCCAAAAGAUUCUGCACUCGCUGAAACGGCCACCGAAGAUUUUUGCCCAGCCCAUCGUUGCGAUUAUGGCGGUGUACCAGGCCCUCAUCUUUGGAACGACAUUCAGCAUUUACACCAACAUGCAGAAGAUCUAUUCCGAGCUUUACGGCUUCAACACAGAGCAGGUAGGCUUGCUGUAUCUCGGACCGGGUCUCGGAUUCCUCUUUGCGGUCUUCUUCCUUGUGUCUCGUAUUGACACGGUAUACAAAAGGCUCACAGCAAAGUAUGGCGAUAAAGCUAAACCGGAGUACCGUCUACCACUUGCAAACAUUGGUUCGGUUUGCAUCCCAGUGUCGUUGUUCUGGUUUGCUUGGACGGUUGAAAAGCACGCACAUUGGUUUGCAUCCAUCUCGGCUACCUUCUUCUACGGCAUUGGCCAAGUCAUGAUCCUGAAUAGCACUCAAAACUAUUACAUUGAUAGUUUUGAGAAAUAUGCAGCCAGUGCUAUCGCAGCAGGCACUGUGUUCAGGAGUCUUGUUGGUGGAAUUGUGCCCUUGGCUGCACCAGGAUUGUUUGAGCAUCUUGGGUACGGAUGGGGUAUCAGCGUUUUCGCUAUCAUCGGGGUGGUGCUGGCCCCUGCGCCCAUGUUCUUCUAUAUCUUCGGAGAGAGGAUCCGCGAGCGCUUCCCAGUGAAUCUCUAA